GGGGUCGGUCGCACUCCCACAGUCCGACGCCCCUUUCUUCUUGCUCUUUCUCCUUCUCCAUCGUCGAGCUCGAUCUCUCUCUGAAGCUGGUGGAGGGCAAAGGAAGAAGAUGGCUUCGACGACGACGAUUCUCCGGUCUCUAUCGUCGGCGGCGGGCCGCCGGCUCCUAUGCCUCUCGAGGGCGAGCUUUUCCUCUCUCUCCACCGGCGCCGGUGCCCGCAGCAGCAGCACCACCACUACCAGCAUCUUUCGUCCAUCCUCCGCCGUCAAUCUCAUAUCAGCAAUCGCAGAUUGCAGUUUUCCUUUCACAUUAAACAUUAGGCGUGUAUUCUGUUCAAGUGUAAGCCAGUUGCCUGCUAUAACUGAUCCUGAUAGAGAAUCUGCAUUCAAGGAUUUAAUGGCUAUGAACUGGGAAGAAAUUCCAGACUCUGUUGUCAAUGAGACAAAGAAGGCACUUUCUAAAGCUACUGAUGAUAAGGAUGGCCAAGAAGCUCUGGUAAAUGUCUUUCGUGCUGCUGAGGCUUCAGUGGAGUUUGGUGGGGUUCUAGUUACCCUCAGAAUGGCGCUUGAUGAUCUAAAUGGAUUAAGUGGUGAGAAUGUGGGACGCUUACCAGAUUAUAUAGAGGAUGCCAUAAGAGCUGCUUAUAAACGCUACAUGGCAUAUCUGGAUUCUUUUGGCCCUGGUGAAGCUUAUUUGCGGAAAAAAGUUGAAACAGAGUUGGGAACAAAAAUGAUACACUUGAAGAUGAGAUGUAGUGGCAUUGGUUCUGAGUGGGGAAAGGUUACACUUCUUGGUACUUCUGGGCUUUCUGGGUCUUAUGUGGAGCUUAGAUCAUGAGAAAGAUGGUGGAAGGGUGGCCGGGCUUCUGUCUUGGCUAUUAAUGGAUGUUUAUGAACUAUCUUAUGAAUGAGACAAUUUGAUCAGUUAAGUCUCAAGUUAUACUUGCAAGUUCAGAAAAAUGGUUUUAUCAAAAUAAAUAUGCCUUUUGCAGUUGUGAGUUGGGAAUGCCUUUCCUUCUCGGCCCCAAAAGUUCAUUUGACGGCAUAAGGCUGCUGCCAUUAUUUUUGUCACAGCCAUGUGAUGGGAUGUAUGUGCCAUGCUAACAGUGAUACACAAGGCUUCUUAUUAGUUGAUCUUCUUUUGUUGCUAAUGAUAGAUCACAAUUUACUUUUGUAGUCUUUAUCUGGGUUGGGGUUAUCUUUCCAAAUUUUUAUUCUGUCUAUCUAAAAUACUCUUAAUUUUGAGGCUAGCUGUUACUUGAAGGUAUGCAGGCAUGCAUUGAUGAAGUAAGAAUUAAAAUAAGUGUUUGUUUUGCCUA